UGUAGCAACUAGGGAGCAAGCAUUCCAGUGCUUGAUUGAGCUCGCCGUCGGACGCCGUCCACCGUUGUCAGCUCCUCGGCAAGCUUUGAAGACGGUUCGAACCCUAGGUCUUUGUCUUCUCCCAAAAUCCGGAAUGUUGGAAUCGAGGUUGAAGGCCCCUUAUACAUCUCUUGAGAAAGUAGGAUUUUGGAUUCUGAGCAAGUAGUUAUAUAAAAGUUACUUUUAGCAGAGAUAGUUAGAGUCAUGGCAAUGAACCAUGCCAGAUUGGUAAGAGGCAUCCUUGUUAGCAAGGAGGCCGUUGGAGUUGCUUCCCAUCGAACGUUUGCUACUGGUAAGGCAAAGAAAGGAUCUAAAGGGGGUGCUGCAACUGAUGCACCAAAAGCGUCAACACUCAGCAAAGAAGUCAAGUCAACUACAGUAGUUGGUGCCAACAUCCUCAAGGAUGGAGCAGAUCCGAAGAUACUGCCUGAUUCUGAAUACCCUGACUGGUUGUGGCACCUGCUUGAUAAACGCCCAGCGUUAAGUGAAUUGAGAAGGAAGAACAUUGAAACACUUCCUUAUGCAGAUCUAAAACGCUUUGUCAAGCUGGACAAUCGAGCUAGAAUCAAAGAGAAUAACUCUGUCAAGGCCAAGAACUGAUUUUAAAGUAGGAUAAAUAGAAAAAAGGGGUCAGGGAUAUCAUUUCUUUAAGUACUGCGAAUCCGUCCUCGGGGAUUUGUCAUUGAUGAACUUUCACUUACGGAGAUUGUAAUGUAUGGAAAACAUAAAAUGAACACAUGCUUUAACGAUGCCUUCAGUUUGUUUUGUAUUCUGAAUCUCA